AUGGGGUCCAGUAACAAAGUGUUUAACGUCGCGGUGUUCUUCGUGGUGUUCAGAGAGUGUCUCGAAGCGGUGGUAAUUGUUUCCGUGCUGCUCUCGUUUUUGAAGCAGUCCAUUGGGAGCCAGGACAUGGCCGUGUACAAGCGACUUCGACUGCAGGUUUGGGUCGGAGUGGCAGCGGGCCUUGUCAUCUGUUUGGCGAUCGGUGGUGGGUUCAUUGGCGCGUACUACGCACUGGACAACGAUAUUUUCGGUAGCGCCGAGGACCUCUGGGAAGGUAUUUUCUGCAUGAUCGCUACGGUGAUGAUCUCUGUCAUGGGUAUUGCGAUGUUGAGAGUGAACAAGAUGCAGGCUAAAUGGCGUGUGAAAAUUGCACGUGCCCUCGUCGAAAUUCCAGAGCGUAAAAGAGACCGGUUCAAGAUCGGCGCACUCUCGAGAAGAUACGCGAUGUUUUUGUUGCCAUUUAUCACGGUUUUGAGAGAGGGGUUAGAGGCUGUCGUUUUUGUUGCCGGCGCCGGUAUCACCACCCAGGGUUCUAGCGCCACGGCUUAUCCGCUUCCCGUCGUGGUCGGACUCAUCGCAGGGUCGGCGGUUGGGUUCGUCAUUUACUACGGAACAUCUCAAUCGUCCCUGCAGGUGUUCCUGGUGGUGUCUACGUGCAUCCUGUAUCUGAUCUCUGCGGGUCUGUUCUCCAGAGGCGCGUGGUAUUUUGAGAACUACAGAUUCAACAAGGCCACCGGCGGGGACGCCUCUGAAUCUGGCGACGGAAACGGCUCUUACAACAUCAGAAAAGCCGUGUACCACGUCAACUGCUGCAAUCCAGAGCUCGACAACGGGUGGGACAUUUUCAACGCACUGCUUGGCUGGCAGAACACCGGCUACUUGUCUUCGAUGCUUUGCUAUAACAUUUACUGGCUUGUGCUUAUGAUUGUGCUGUUCCUGAUGAUGUUCGAAGAAAAAAGAGGCCACUUGCCCUUCUGCAGAAGUCUGACACUCAGACAGCUGUCGCCAUCCUACUGGAUCAAGAACAAGAAGAAGAAUGAGCUCACGGCCCGCCAGAGACACGAGCUGUUCGAGAAGGUUGAGCAGCUGGAGUUUAACGACCAAGGCAUGAUCAACGAACAGAGACGGGUAGAGGCUUCCAGCUGA